UUCUGUUGAUCGAAAACUAUUUCAAUAAAAUCAUUUAAUCCCAAUAAUCAGUUUUAAAGAGUGAAACAAUGGAUGAAUGGCACGAUCGAUUCAGUGAAGAAGCACAUAUCGGUGAGCUCCACGAUCGAGAUCGACUCAGUGAAGAAGCAAACAUCGGUGAGCUCCAUGAUCGCGAUCGAUUCAGUGAGUUACCCAACUCUUUAAUUAUUGAAAUCUUUUCAUUGUUGGAUAUCAAAGAUGUUGUUCGGACAUCCCUUGUCUCCAAACGUUGGGAAAACCUCUGGUACACCAUCCCCUGCCUUGAUCUCUUGGAACAAACUCCAAGUUUUAUCUCUAGUGUUGUUUCACUAUGGAAAGGCCCCAAGAUUCUGAAAUUCUGCUUAUCUUUCCCUCCUUACAAUGUGAAACCUUGUAGUGUUAUUGAUUCAUGGCUGCUUUUUGCUAUCGAAAAACGAGUGGGAGAGCUUUAUUUAGACUUGUCAAAUUGGCGAGAUCUUAAUGCUAUCAAAAAACGACUGGGAGAGUGUUUUUCUUAUUGGCGAGAUCUUGAUAGAUAUAAGAAGGUUGAUUAUUGCUUACCUCAGCCCUUGUAUUCAUGCUCGUCGAUUACAAAAUUAACUCUUGUGAGUUGUAAGCUUAGAAUUGAGGAUAAUGUGCAGUGGAAUCAACUCAAGAGUUUAGAAAUUACAUAUCCGGAUUGGUUGAGUGGUGAUGCCAUGAACCAAAUUCUUUUGGGUGCUCCUCUGUUGGAAGAGUUGGUUUUGAAGUCUUUCAAAAUUGGUGAAAAAGAAAACUUCAAUAUCCGAUCUACUAGUUUGAAGAUGCUCAAGAUACAAACGGGUUAUAUUUUGCAUGGAACUACAGUGCUGAGAAUUUGGGCUCCUAAUCUCUUGAAUUUUGCUCUUGAGGCUCGUUUUCAUGGUACUUGUUUGUUGGAUGUCCCGUCUUUGACUCAUGCAAUUCUUUCUUUGGUGCACAAUGGAGAUGUAGCAGCACAAUUUAAAUUGCUUAAUCAUGUUUUUGGAAGCAUCCGCCAUGUUGAGAAGGUUACUUUGUCAUAUUGGUGCUUUGAGAUGCUUGUCAAAUUCAAGAAUAAAGAUAUGGUUAUGCCGUUGUCAAAUUCUAAGAUUCUAGAGCUCGACUAUGUAGAUGCCAAAUAUUUGCUUGAUUUGGUAGGGAUGAUGUUUCCCAAGCUGGAGAGGUUAAUCGUUGAACAAGGCAGCAGCAAGGUCGCUCUUUUAUAUAUUCACUUAUUGUAUAUUUUAUCACUUGAAGCUCUUUAACUAAUGAAGAGGAGUUAUAGAUUAGUCUUUACUUUGCACAUUGAUCAUCAAAUCGUUAAAUUUAUGUUAGGGGAUUUUUAUUUCCUAGUCUUCAAUUCUAUUCUCUGUUCACUUUCUUUCAUAGUCUUCAAUUCAAUGUUUGAGAUUUUUGGAUUAAUAUUAACAUUGUCUUUUGGGCUAAUAAUACAUUGCAGGGUAUUCAUGACCCCUAUAAUGAAGAG